UUUCUAAUCGUGUAAACUACACCCAGAUAAAGGAAAGGGACAGUGAAACCAGGAGAAAAUGUCAAUUGUUAGGGAUGUAUAUCUCUAACUGCAGAUUCUGCCGUGAUCAUUAAAGCAGUGGUUUACAUUGGAUGGAAACCGUCGGGGAUCCUUGAAGCUGUUACAGGCUGAGUUGAGAAACCUCUUAUUGUGUAUGAGAGGUCCACACGUCUCCCACCGAGACCUGAUCCCGUCUGCUGGCUGUCACCAUCUGUUCAAUUCUAAUGAGCCUCCAGUGCAAUUUCAGCACCUCAAACCGAUGUAAUGUAAAUGGUGUGAACAAUGGGGUUAUCAUCAUCCCAGUGAUCCUUGGCUUCUCAUCAGUGGUUCUGAUCAUUAUAGUCUUAUGGAAGACUUGUAAAAUGAAACAAGAGAGGGAGCGUGCCCCAGUCCUAAUACUGCAAGACAAACAUGAGCCUGUGAAGCGGUUGGAGAAUGAAUAUGAAUUAAUGACAAAUGCAACAGAAUGGAUUCUGGCAGCCAAGGAUCCCUCUCUAAAACGGUGGGAAAUCCCAGCAGAAAACCUAACUGGGACUUUGGAGUACAUGCAAAGUGGGAGCUAUGGACCAAUAUAUAAGGCCAAUAUCCUUACUACGGAUGGAUCUGGAGAAGUGAAAGCCGUAUUUAAAUCUCUCCAUGAUAAUGCAAAUGGAAAGGAGAUAUUAGAUUUCUUGGACCUGUUGAAGUUCCACGUGAAAAUUUGUAACCAUGAGUCCAUUGUGAAACUGUUGGGAUGUCGAACAGAGACACUGCCCCUUUACCUGUUUCUGGAGUAUGUGAGUGGGGGAUGUCUAUUGCAUUCCUUGUGGCAAUUACGUGAGACUGAAGCUAGAUCUGGAGAAGUUGUACUGAGACUCACAGAAAAAAGUGUGUACAGCAUUGUAAAACAAGUAGCAUGUGGACUGGAUUAUCUGACUACAAAACACAAACUAAUCCAUGGGGAUAUUGCUGCCCGGAAUAUUUUGAUCCAUGAAGAUCUGACUGUUAAGCUCACUGGUCUGAGUCUGGCAUUUGAUGUUUACAAAACUGGAACCCUGUCAUCCCACAAAGCAGCCCAGGUUCCGAUUAAAUGGCUUGCACCAGAGAGGGUCAUAAAGCGGCCAAUCACAGAAAAGAGUGAUACGUGGUCAUUUGGGAUCCUUAUCUAUGAAGUAGUUACUCUAGGUUCUCCUCCAUAUCCUGAGUUUCAGCCUCUAGAAAUUUUUCCAAAGCUGCAGAGAAAUUACAGAAUGCCCAAACCAUCUAACAGUAGCAAUGCACUAUAUGACUUGAUGAAACACUGCUGGCAAUGGAAACCCUAUGACAGGCCAAACUGGUCAGAGUUGAUCAAUAAGCUAGAGUCCUUGAUGAACAAUGCUGAUGGAGUUAAGUUGCUGCAAGUAGCUGAUGACCUUGACCUCAACCAAUACAAACAAGCUGCUGGGGUUUUCUAACAAGAAGUACAACAAAGACAACAAGGCUGUGGGCAAUUCAUAAACUGAAACUAAAUGCUCAAUGGUGGCCACAGUGAGCACUAAGCUGAAUAGCAGAAUUUUUGCCUAGCUGGAGGAAAGUGGGAAUUGCAGACUAGGUGAAAGCCGUGAAUACAGGUUGACGAAAUGCUAUUAUUAUUAAUCGAAGAAUUUAAGGGGCUACCAUCAGCUGAGGUAACUAAGCAACACGAAUAUACUCUGCUGCCAGGUGAAUUUGCUGUGAUGGCCGAGCUUUCAAUUUAAUGGAAAACCAGUUGUUCAUUUCCAAAAGCAGCACUGAUGCUCUUUGAUGUUUGGCAACCGCAGAAAGUGGAAUACUUUAGAAGAGAUUGUGAUUGUCGCAAUGAGGGCAGUAACAGCUGCAAGAGAUUAAGAAUAGUUCAGGAUAUAACCUUUAAAUGCCAUCUCUGAAGUACUGGGGUAAUGAUCAGCAAUGGGCUGAGUUCACAUGUUAAAGGUUAAGUAAUGCAAAAGUUUGUUGUAAAUAAUUGUCUGUACUCGUAUCAGUCUUUCUCCUAAGGAUAACACAUUGAUUUGGGAGUAGCACGGAGGAAAUGAGGACGGGGCCAGUUUCCUUGUGACUUCUCUGCCACCACUUGUGGUUUCCACCAUAGUUCCACUAAUAGAAUAUGAGAUGUCUUGAGGAAAUUCACCCCAUAGUCGAUUUGUACAACUAAGGCACUUUUUGGGGGGAGUUGGGAAGAGGCCGUUACAGAAAAGGAGGGAGUUGUCACUUUGUACUAUUCAAUACCCUGGCAGUUUUCCUGAAUCCUACAGGGAUUCCUGUAUUUCACGAGAACAAAGGUACAGAAAGGAGAAUUAAAUAAGUUUAGAGAGUUAAAUUAUAUCUUGUUACUAAUAUUAAAACCAGCAAAGGGGAAAUGUUUGAAAUGGGAACCCACUAGGCCCACUUUCUCCCUGAGGUACUGACAAUGGAGAAAUCAGAGUGGAGCCAUCUGUUCUUGUUUAUCCACACCAGAACAAAAUGCCUCAGCCGAAAUUUUUUAUUAUUUAGCCUAAGGGACUCUUUAGCCUAACCAAUUAUAAUGUUCUAAUUCCCGAACUGCUGAUGAUCAAGUAAUUCAGCACAGACCAGGAAUGGCACCUGGGAACUUGAGAUGUGAAUAAAUUUGAACUACACUGAUGCCAUCUUUACUCAGUAGGAGCUGGAGAAGUUUAAUUUUCAAACUUAAGGCUUCUGUAUGGAGUAUAUAUCUGCAGUCAUAGAAAAUAUUCAUGACCUAAGAGCAUUGUUAACAUGUCACCCAAUCUUUGGGAAACUACAUUUAGCAAAUGUGAUUAGCUGUUGGACUGGAUUAGUAACUAACUCAGAAGACGGAAACAUAUUAUAGCAAUUGGAGAUUUCUCAGCUUACUGCAAUUCUUACUGGGGUUCCCACUUUAAGGAUUCUUAACUUGACUCAGGUUGAUACAGAAAGCAUUGGGUGAACACUGUGGGUCAUCUUCGACAUUGAAAA